UUAUUCCUUCUUUCUUAACUCUGUUCCUGUAGGAUGCGCAUAAGCUCGUCAUAAAAAGACUUCGAGCUUCUCACUUCUUUUUCCAUCUGUGUUUUAUAUAAAGGUUCCCUCCAGACUCCAUCCUCGUAGUUCUCAUUAGAAGAGGCAUAGAAGGACCUUUGCGUACUGCCCCUCUUUCUUGCACUCCCUCUCGUCGCCUUCUGCUGACACUACCCCAUCAUCUCCUACUACCGCUGCUACCAACACUCGUUGCUCCUCUUUCAAUUUCUCCAGUAAUCUUCAAUGGCCACAAGUUCAAACCAAGAGGCCAUGCAAGUUGACGCCACCAGCCCCACAAUCUUAGUAGAGAAGAACCCACCACAGUCGCGCUUACUAAACUUGGGCAUCAACUCAUGGCCCAAGUGGGGUUGCCCUCCAGGAAAGUUCCAUCUCAAGUUUGAUGCAGAAGAAAUUUUCUAUCUCCUAAAAGGCAAGGUUAAAGCUUACAUUAAGGGAUCUUCCGAAUGUGUGGAUUUUGCUGCUGGAGAUCUUGUAGUCAUCCCCAAGGGAGUCACUUGCACGUGGCAUGUAUUGGUACCAGUCGAUAAGCACUACCAAUUCGAAUCCACCUUCUAGGAAAGUGAGUCUUUUUCUUUCUGUUUAAUGUGGGCUCCCCAAAUCUAAUCUCAUCGUUGUAGUUACCAUUAGCUCGUUGUUUUGGCGGUGAGGCAGAGGUACCAAUCCAAAAAUACGAGAGCCUUCAAUAGGUAUAUUUCAUCUCCGAAGUGGUCUCAUUUUACUCCCGUAGACGAGCUUUAGUACUCCUUGGGGCUUUUACCCAUGACUUUGGUAACAUGAAAGAACUGGAUGACAUUAUGUGUCUUGUAAUUGUUGCGUUGGAAUUUUUUGUUUGUCGUGUUGGUAUACCCUUUGCAAAUAGCAAAUUCGGAUUUGCUCCUCUUAUAAAAGAAUACCAAACAAAAUCAGUUUUGAUCUGAAACCAAAGUUUAUUAUAUAUUUUUCUAUUCUAAGAAUUCUAACCUCCUCAGAUCUUCUCCAUCCAUUACCUUGGAAGAUAGCCAGACAAUAUUGAAGAUAACAGCCCAAACCUCAGACAGUAUCAAAGAUAACUGGCGACGGACGGUUGAUAGCAAUCCAAAGAUGGGUGCAAGAUCUCCCUACCACGAGCCUCAUUGAUACCCCUCCAUGAUUGAUGGCAAACAUGAGACCAAAUCCUUCACCCCCAAGAGCCUCAUCAGAUCAAGUCAAGCCAUUACGACUACAGCUAGCUCUUGAUUUGCGCCAAUGGAAGACACAAGAGAGAGAGACCGGCGGAUGUGGCAAAGGAUGAGAAGGCGAGACUAUAGAUUCUUCCUUCUCUCUCUCUCUCUCUCUAGCAGUUGGCCUGUGCUGGUGUUUGCCGGCCGACCCGAUCAGUCCGGAUGAUUGAACCGCUCAAUUCAACGGCUCAGCCGGUCUUUUUAUCUUCUAAAAUUCACAUAAAUCCGACGCGCAAAGCUCGGCGGAUGGCAGGACACCCGGGUUUUAAAACACCGCCAGUAGCCACCUACAUGGUUCACAAUUUUCUUUUAAAAAAAUAAUAAAUAAUAAAUUGGCAUUUUU